UUGCCUAAACCGUCAAUCCUCUUUCUUCCCCCCUAAACCCUAAUUCUUCUCCUCCAAAACCACUAGCUUUCUCAAUCUUUCCCAAUCCAAAAACCUCAAUGCUCUCCACCAUCCUCCUUCGAGAACAUUCCAGAACCUCCCCUCACCUUCUCUCAUCCCUCACCUUCCUCCGUUCCAUGGGCGGCGGUCCUCGUACCUUCCCCGGCGGCCUCAACAAAUGGCAAUGGAAGCGACUCCACCAGAAGAAAGCCAAAGACAAAGAGAAGAAGCUUCUCGAUCAAGAGAAACAGCUCUACCAAGCCCGAGUCCGAUCCCAAAUCCGAGCCAAUCUUGCCGGAAACCCCGAUAAUGACUCACAGUCCGACCCCAAUUUCAGCCCCAUGACCGCCGAUGACCACCUCAAAGCCCUCGCCGACCGGUUCAUGAAGGCCGGAGCUGAAGAUUUGUGGAACGAAGCCGACGGUCCGAUCAAGUCUCGGUCGACUCAAUUGCCGCCGACACCGAAUAAUCGAUCAAUUCGAAGGCCGAUUGAUUUGAGAAAGUUGGUUUCGGAGAGUGAUCGAGCUCCGAAUUCGAUCAAUCUCAAUGAUUCAAUGAAGAAUCGUCACUAUUCGGUUCAAACUCGAAGAGUGUCGAGGUUUAAUUUUCGGAGAAAUGAGAGUUCUUCGAGUGAGGACGAUUCGGAUUUGGAUUUGGAUUCGGAAGAGGGUUUGGUGAGGGGGUUUGGGUCAGGAGGAGAUGAGGAAGAUGAGGAAAUUAAGGGUGGGGGUAAUGUGAAGAAGUUGAUGAGUAGUAGUGCUGCUUUGGGGAAGUAUGAUGUGAAGAAAACGAGGCGAGUGCCGUUGAAGUUUUUGGAAGAUGAGGAGAAUUUAUCGGACCACAUUGAGGCGAUUAGAAAUGAGUUUAAUAAUAGGAAUUCGAUUGAGAAUGCUACGGAUAAAAGCGAUGAGAACUCAAUUCUUAGUCAAAAGAGGUUUGAUGAGUGUAAUGUAUCUCCGUUGACUGUCAAGGCGCUUACUGAGGCAGGAUAUGUGCAAAUGACAAGGGUACAAGAGGCUACACUUUCUGUUUGCCUGGAGGGAAAGGAUGCUUUAGUCAAAGCUAAAACUGGCACAGGCAAAAGUGCUGCCUUUUUGCUUCCUGCAAUUGAAACAGUUUUGAAAGCUUCAAGUAGUAACAAAAUUCAACGAGUGCCAGCAAUAUAUGUUCUUAUUCUCUGUCCCACGAGAGAACUUGCCAGUCAGAUAGCUGCAGAAGCAAAAGUUAUGCUUAGGUACCAUGAUGGUAUUGGGGUCCAAACAUUAGUCGGAGGUACAAGAUUCAAAGUUGACCAGAAAAAUCUAGAAUCAGAUCCAUGCCAGAUAAUAGUUGCGACUCCUGGUAGAUUGUUGGAUCACAUUGAGAAUAAGUCUGGCUUUUCCGUGCGUGUGAUGGGAUUGAAAAUGCUUAUCCUUGACGAAGCAGACCACUUACUUGACCUGGGAUUUCGAAAGGACAUGGAGAAAAUUGUUGAUUGUUUGCCCCGUCAGAGGCAGUCCUUGCUUUUUUCUGCCACAAUCCCAAAGGAGGUUCGCCGAAUAUCUCAACUUGUUUUGAAAAGAGAACAUGCUUAUAUUGACACAGUGGGGCUGGGCUGUUUGGAAACUCCUGUUAAGGUUAAGCAGUUUAGUCUUGUUGCGCCACAUGAACUGCAUUUUCAAAUAGUGCACCAUCUCUUGAAUGAGCAUAUCUCACAAACACUUGAUUACAAGGUUAUUGUUUUCUGUACAACUGCAAUGGUGACAUCCCUCAUGUAUCUCCUUUUGCGGGAGAUGAGACUGAAUGUCAGGGAAAUACAUUCGAGAAAACCUCAACUCUACCGUACCCGUAUCUCUGAUGAAUUCAGGGAUUCCAAACGAUUGAUUCUGAUUACGUCAGAUGUUUCAGCUCGUGGAAUGAAUUAUCCUGAUGUUACUCUGGUCAUUCAGGUGGGUAUUCCUUCUGAUCGUGAACAAUAUAUUCAUCGUCUUGGAAGAACAGGACGGGAAGGCAAAGCAGGAGAAGGAAUUUUGUUGCUUGCACCAUGGGAAGAAUAUUUCCUGUACGACAUAAAUGACCUGCCUAUUGAAAAAUUUCCUUUACCACAUUUAGAUCCAGAUGUGAAAACGAAGAUGAAGAAUUCAUUGUCGAAGAUUGAUGCUAACAUCAAAGAAGCAGCGUAUCAUGCUUGGCUUGGCUACUACAACUCAGUCAGGGAAAUUGGCAGAGAUAAAACUACACUUGUGGAUCUAGCCAACCAAUUUUGUCAGUCAAUUGGCUUGGAGAAAACUCCAGCGCUGUUCAGGAAGACAGCUCUGAAAAUGGGCUUGAAAGACAUCCCUGGAAUUCGGAUUCGAAAAUAGCAUUGAUGAUGAAUCUAUCAACUGGAUUCAUCUAUUUAUUAAAAUGGUACUGUAUACAUGAUAUAACGGGCUGGCACCUCGAAUCAAAAGAGCAGCUGCUCGUGCAUGGAACAGUUCGAUCCUCUCCAGUAAGUACAGUAUAUCAAGUUAAAGUAGAUACGGUGACUGGCUGAUCCCAUUGAGUUGCAACAUUUUUUGAAGGGGCUUUUAGCUUGAACUGUAUUAUUUUUCGACUUGUAGAGGCAGGGAUAGAGGAUUAUUGUAUGCAGGAUGGAUUUUUUUUUAUAAUGAAUUUAUCUGUAACAUGCUUGCAGGUCAAAAAUUGAUUUUCUAAUAUGAACCGUUGAUUUAUAUC